AUGUCCGGCGCGCUCGAGAGCGUCAAGACUGCCAUCGAGCGCGUGGUCCUCGACCCGAAAUACCAUGAUCUCUUGGCCAUCGUCAAGGGCGCCCGAAAUGGUGCCGUCUAUGGCACAAAAGUGCGCUUUCCGCACGCACUUGUGAUGAUCAUGCUCUUUCGCUCUGGAACUUUCCGCGAAAAGGCCUGGCUAAUUUUCCGUGCCACGAGAACGCACGCACGCAACCUGGCCAAGUUUGCAACCAUCUACAAGGCAACCUGCCUACUUCUGAAGCACUUUGGUCCUACGCCAGGCAAAGAAGGCCCUUACGAUAGUUUCAUCGCCGGUUUGCUCGGCGGAUACAUUGUUUUCGGCCAGCGGUCGAAGCGUACGGGGCGCAUCUCCAGUGUUAGCCAGCAGAUUGUCAUCUACGUAUUCGCGCGUGUCGCUCUCGCAUUAGCUCGUCUGGCGGUCAAGCCCGGCUAUGGGCUGCCCGUCGUUUCGGAGCAGUCGCGCAGCGCCGUCAUUAGCCACUACGCCUGGCCCGUGUUCGCCAGCCUGUCCUGGGCUCUUGUCAUGCAUCUCUUCCGUUGGCACCCAGCCGAGUUGCAGCCUAGCCUACGCAGCAGCAUGACGUAUAUCUAUGCCAACUCUGACGAGUGGGACUGCUUGAGAAACUUUAUAUGGCACAACAAAUGA